UUGUUUGCAUUGUACGAUAUAUAAAUGCAUUCCAAAGGGUACUGAUUAGAACUUCAGCUGAACACUCACUGAGAACAAGGACUGCAAUAUAAUCCUAAUGUUAAAGGUUUUGAUGCAGACAUGUAUUUAACUGACCCAGUUACAAUUGUCCUUUCCAUUGUCACCUGUGUUUUUCUGGCAAUUUUUUCAUUCAGUCAGAAGAAAAAAGUUUAUCCAAAUUAUCCUCCUGGACCACCAUGUUUGCCUAUUAUUGGAAAUUUGCACAUUAUAAAUAAGAGUAAACCUUAUAUAACAUUUCAUGAGCUGGCUGAGAAAUAUGGUUCAAUAUACAACCUAAAGAUAGGAUCUCAGAAGAUGGUUAUGCUGUGCGGCUAUGAGACCGUGAAAGAUGCGCUGGUCAACCACGCCAACGAGUUUUCUGGAAGACCACAAGUUCCAAUUUUUUUUGACGUAUUCAAGGACCAUGGUCUUAUAUUUUCUAAUGGUGAUAACUGGAAAGCCAUGAGACGAUUCACUCUUUCUACACUGCGAGAUUUCGGGAUGGGGAAGAGAACACUAGAAGAUAAUAUCACUGAAGAGUGCCAACAUCUGAUAAAAGUUUUUAAAGCCUACAAAGGAAAACCAUUUGAAAACACUAUGAUAAUGAAUGGGUCUGUGGCCAAUAUUAUUGUAUCCAUAUUGCUUGGUCAUCGCUUUGACUAUGAUGAUCCAAAACUUCUGAGGCUUUUAACAAUAGUCAAUGAUAAUGCCAGGAUUGUCGGUUCCCCAAUGGUUUUGUUGUACAAUGCAUUUCCAUCUCUGGUCCGAUGGUUACCUGGAAGUCACAGAGAAGUCAAUCCAAAUGCAGAUGAAUUGAAGUCUUUUAUUAGAGAAACCUUCACCAAGCAGAGGAACCAGCUGGAUGUCAAUGAUCAGAGGAAUUUAAUUGAUGUCUUCCUUGUCAAACAAAGGGAGGAAAAACCAAACCCAGAGUUAUAUUUCAGUGAUACAAAUCUAACAAUUCUGGUGAUGGAUUUGUUUGCUGCUGGAAUGGAAACAACCUCCACCACUCUCCGAUGGGGCCUCCUGCUAAUGAUGAAAUACCCAGAAAUACAAAAAAACGUUCAGAAGGAAAUUGAAAAGGUCAUUGGUUCCGGAGUGCCUUGCCUGAUACACCGAAAACAAAUGCCAUACACUGAUGCCGUUAUCCAUGAAAUCCAAAGGUUUGCCAAUAUCGUGCCAACAAAUGUGCCGCAUGCCACUACUCAGGAUGUGAUUUUCAAAGGUUUUUUUAUACCCAAAGGAACCCAAGUUAUACCAUUACUGUAUUCUGUCCUACGAGACAAAGAACACUUUCAGAAACCAGAACAGUUUUACCCUCAACAUUUUCUGGAUUCAGAGGGAAAUUUUGUUAAUAAUGAAGCUUUUAUACCAUUUUCUGCAGGUAAAAGAAGUUGUGCUGGAGAGACAUUGGCCAAAAUGGAACUGUUCCUCUUCUUUACAACACUGCUGCAAAACUUCACCUUUCAGGCUCCACCUGGAGAAAAACUGGACCUCACCGGCGCUGUUGGCUUCACAACCCCUCCAAUUAAACACAAUAUUUGUGCGAUUCCUCGCAGUUAAAGUGAACCGGCAGAAAAUAUACAAAUAAUAAUUGUAAACAAGGUUUAUUCUUUUCAGAAAGAAUGCUUUUGAUUUGUAGAAAUGUGGUUACAAUAGUGAAAUAAAAGGCACCUCCAGAUUG